CAGUUGGGAAGCUAGUGAUGACUAUGCAUGGAUUUGAGAAACUGGUUCUUUCAGUGAUCCCUGCAAGUUUUCUUGUACUUGAUCUCCUACCUUUUGUUGCAUCUUCAUCCAAUGAAAACCAUCUCAUCAUACCUCACAAAUACAUUAAACAAGAUUCUGAUAACCACAAGGUGAGUCCUCGUAUGAUAUUUGAAAUAAAGCUUCAUGGGAUUCUUUUAUGGGCUUCCAUGGGGUUCUUGAUGCCUCUUGGGGUACUCAUAAUAAGGAUGUUUAACAAAGAAGAAUGCACCCCCAGAAGGCUUAAAGCUGUCAUAUGCUUUCAUGCUAUUCUGCAGAUCCUUGCAGUGCUUCUUGCAUUUGCUGGAGCAAUCCUGUCGAUCAUAAGCUUCGAAAAUUCAUUCAACAACACUCACCAGAGAAUAGGUCUGGCACUUUAUGCAGCCAUCCUGGUGCAAACCUUGAUCGGGUUUUGCAGGCCUAAGAGGGGGACUAAAGGAAGGAGCUUAUGGUAUGUUUUCCACUGGAUAUUUGGGACAACAAUUUCAUUAGUUGGGAUUUUCAACACCUACACAGGUCUAAAACAAUAUCACAAAAGAACAUCAAGGAAUUCUAGGGUUUGGAGUAUACUUUUCACAGCUGAGAUCUCUUUCAUGGCUUUUUUCUACCUUUUCCAAGAGAAAUGGGAUUACAUGCAGAAACAAGCAGUAACAUCAUCAGGUGAUGCAGGUGAACAUCAGGUGGUGCAGGUGGUCACUUCCUCUGAUCAAGUGGACAACCAAAAGGAGGUGAUGCAAUUGCCACCACCUCAGCCAUCCAGGAAGAGUAAUUCAUUAGGGAAUUAUUUUGCCAAAAAUAAUGCCUUGAAAAAACUACUUCAAGUAACGUAAAUCAUUCCAUGAUUACACUUUUUUGGAACUGUGAUUAUGUGUGAUUUUGGUGAAAGUGUGCGUUUGUACAUUUUGGAUAGCGGAGAUCGAUCAAAUUGACUAGGAAGAAUAGCUUCUUUUGUCGUAUAAAAUGAAUGCACGAACGAACGGAAGUCUUAAUUAUGGUACUAGGGAUUGUUAUUAUAGUUUGUGUCCGGUUGUAUAGUAUAUAUAUGUAAUGUAUUUCGUCAUUACUAAAUGAACAAGUACAUGAAUUUAGUUUG